CAAGACGAACGUGUUGUACAUUGGCGCGCGCGUGUAUGAACGUAAUAAACCGGCUAAAAAGUGGCAAUAAACUGCACAUCGCUAGCAACAGACAAAAGUGACGUUUCACUGAUAAGCAAACUGUAAAAAAAGCAUGUAAGCAAAAAAUAAAAUCCAACUUUAAACUUUUAGUGUAAAAUCGGGUAAAUUUAUAUGUGUUUAAGUGUAUGAAUUAGCAGGCACGGUAAAGUGACACACAAAGGUGCUGAGUUGGUGGAUCUCGUGUUGCAUACAAAAACAAAUCGAAUAAAGCAGCACAGCAUAAUAAACAAAUUGAGCUCCCUGCCUUAAGAACAACGAUUUUAACUGGGUUGGCUCGAAACGUAAUUUAUAGAUGUUGAUGAGUUGCUAAUUGAAUUUGAUAGAAUGUGUAAAUUGGUGUAAAAUGUGACAGAAAGUGAAGAUAAUAAUUCCAUUUCAUUUUAAUAACUAGAAAUUUAUGAGAAAUUUACGUGAGUGAAAAAUUCUCUGCGGUGAAAAGAUAUAAUAAAAUCAGGAUUAGAAAUAAUUCGAAGCCGAUUAAAUCAUGACAAAAUGCGUUUUACGCAGCAAAUUCAAAUGACGAAUAGCAUUCGAUAAAUUAAAAAUUUUUGAACUAAUAAAUUUUGUAGUCGAUUAAAUCGUUCUUCAAAUAUCAGCAAAUUUUCAUUGACAAGAAAACCAAUUGAAGUUUAAAAUUAUUUUCGCUUGCGUAAAUCACAACUUGCAACACAACGGUGCAAGCGAAGCUGCUAACCAGUCAGCCAAACAACCGGCCAGCCCCAGUCAGCCGCAGUCAGUCAGCCAGUCAAUUUGCAGCAGAGUUCAGUACAGUUCGCUUCAGUUCGUCGCUGUUGAUGCGUUGCAAGUCACUUUUCAAAUCAAUUAAACGCAUUGCGAGUGGCAAAAAUACACAACAAUAACAGCAGCAACAACAAUAAUUACGUGAUAGUGCAAUAGCCGCGAACCGUUGAAGCGGCGAUAGUCGGUCAGCGGACAAACCGACGGACGGGCGAAGUCACAAAAGUGUGGCAGCAACGCAUUCAAAUCUUGUUGAUGCACAGAGCAGGGGGUGAGCAGCUUGUGAGCUCUCCUACGAGCACUACAACAGAUGGACGCAUCGGCGAACGAACAGUGGAAGUGAUUGCUCACAAAGUGUUGGGUUGGCUUGUUUGUUGCACUCGCAGUUGUUGCAACGAAAUGAAUCACAACACACAUUGUUUGUGCCGGCUAAGCGGAGCUUAUCAUUAAUCAAAUUAGCUCUGGCAACAACUUCGUUUAGGUAGCAAUACUCGUAUAAAGGAAGGCGAAGUCAACAAACCUCAGUGCGACAGAUAAAGCGGCAGAUUGAGGAAAAAGGCGAUCACUGUGAAAGAAACACUUGUUAACUCUCGAGCUGCAAAGUAAAUAAAGAGAAGUGCAUACAUACACAAUUUGGAAAUAAAAUCAUAAACAAAUUUAUAACCCGAAAAAUAUCGUUUUAUAAGUGCAAUUCGUAUUACGUCAGUGUGAAUGAUUUGAAACUCCACUGCGGAGAUUGGUGAAAUACAUAGUUGGGCACGUAGUCGGCGAACGACGCUCCAAUAAAACGCGAUAACUCCUCCCCACCGUUUCCUCCAUCCACUUAACUUCAAUAUUGGUCUAAUCACCGUUGGCCGUUUAGCAGCCUAAACUAUGCGUCUCUUCAAGACACGCAAGUCGAUCGACACUUUUGGCAGCACUACUACCAACACCACAAUCACCCCACCAUUCCAACAGCAAUAUAGCAACGCCUCACAAACGGCGACUCCAACGCCGACAGCUACAACAUGCACCGUCAAAUUCAGCAAAACCAUAGCCGGCAGCACAUCCAUUUCAUCUUCGCUUCCCGAUCUGCAUGAUUCGCCCGUUAUGAUUCUUAGCUGUACGAACCUGAGCGCUAGCCAUACGCCAACACCACGUACCCCCACCAGUGUAGGCGUGCUCUGCAUCAGCAAUAGUGGCGCCUCGACACAUAUUCAUUCACCUGCUACAGGCGCUGGCUACACACACACCUACAGCAGCCUCAACAGCAGUGGCCGCCAAACACCAUCAGCUCUAUCGGUGGCUUCACUCAAUGACACUGCGCUGCAAAGGCUUCAUCAUCACCAACAGCAACAACAGAAGCAGCAGCAGCAACAUCAUAGCGCUGCGCAAUUGUUUCAAAAUGGCAGUGCUGGCGGCGGUGGUGGUGGUGGCAAUAAAUGUAGGAGCAAUACUUUGCUAGUUAACUAUGGUGGUAGCAGCAACAACAUUGCUGCCGUGCAACAUUACUACCAAAAACUCGGACAACAGACUUUGGCGCAGCAACGUAACACCUCGUCGUCAAGUAGUUGCAUCUACGAGAAGAGCAGAAAUGCUAGUUGCCACAAUAUUUCAUUGACGCCAAAUAGUGGCAAAAGCAGUGGUGGUGGUGGUGGCGGCGGUACGCCAAUGAAAAGUGGCAGUAGUUCGACAAUCUCGCUGAUGGCAUCAAACGGCCAUUUGCCCAAUUAUCAACUGGUGACCGCUGUGCCUGUUGUCAUUUUGGAUGACGAAAAGAAAUUCACUUCAAAUGCCAUUGCGAUAACUGCAAAUACAGCAACGACCACAAUAGCGACCACAACAACAACAACCACUACCACGGCAAGCUCAGUAGCCAAUAGUGCAACAAGAAAUGUCUUCACCUGGGGCAAGCGUAUGAGCCGCAAGUUGGAUAUACUGAAACGUAGCGACACCACUAACACACACAAGUCACAUACCGAUCUACGUUCGCUUUUUCAUACAUCCACGCACAACAACAAUAACAAUGAUAACGCCAAGGACAACUACCAGACGCAUACGCUGAAGAAAUGCAAAUCGGGUCCUAUCGAGACGAUAAAACAACAGCAAAAGAACCAACAGCAGAACGAGCAACUGCAAAGCCUACAACAGAAACAGCAGCAGCCAAAUGAUAAAAGUCAUCAAAGGCAGGAAAAAUCUAAGGAUAUGAAUGCCAGCGGCACUCAACAAUCGACGCCAACACAGCCGAAUGCGCAACAGCGCUCACAAAAAGCGAUCAAGAACUUCUUCCAUCGCAUUGGCUCCACCGGUAUGCUCAACCACAAGUCACACAAUCUGAUUAAAGCAGCCGAACCGAGCGGUUCCACCAGCAGUAAUCUGUACCGCAGCAGCUCUACUAGUCAGCUGACCAGCUCAUCGUACAUAAAGUGUGACGAUCCUACGGAGGGUCUGAACUUGGCCAACAGCCGUCAAGGCAAGUUACAGAAGGGCACCACAAUCGCUGUAUCAAAUCUUAAGUCGAGUAGUUGCGAUGAUAUUGCCAAAGUAAGCACGAGUACUUCACCGAAUGGCGGCGAUGCAAUGCCAAUUGGUGCACAAACACAAAAUGCGGCAACGGCCCAGGCAGUUGUUGCUGGUCAAGAAUCGACAAAUCGGCGCGGCGCCUUUCCAUAUGCUUUUCUACGCUCACGUCUCUCGGUAUUACCAGAAGAAAAUGGCGGCUCGGUAAUGAAGCAACCGUCUCUAUGUAGUUUACAUACAAUUGAUGCUGGUGGUUUGCAAGAAAUGCCACAUCCGGCGUCACAGUACCUACAGGUGGGUCAGCAGCAUUCACCAGUAGCACAGCAUCGAAACUCGACACCGAUGCUACCCAGUGAAGCAACACCGCUGGUCGAUGGCGCACUUGACUCAAUAUCGCUGGCAAGCACUUCUCCAAAUCACCACCAAAAGGUGAUUUAUCGGAAUGGCGCACUAAUCAAGCGCUACUCCUCGGACGACAGUGCAAUCAGCAAUUGCUCACCGCAGCAGACGUCCAGCGCAGGCGUGGCGUGUAUCAGUGGCGAGGUGAUAGUGUCGCGCAACAACAGCCUCUCUUCAAAGGACUGGGAACCACUUUACCAAAGAUUAAGUAGUUGUCUUAGUUCGAACGAGUCGGGAUACGACAGUGACGGAGGGGGCGGCGGUAGUGGCGGAGUAGGUGUGGGUGGCGUAAGUGCUAAUAGCGGCAGCGCAGGAAGCGGUGAAAGCUCAUGUGGCAGCGUAAUUUUCGUUGGAAAUACCUCGAACGCGCAAAUGCUGGGCAAUAAUCUUGGUAUCUCCUGUGGAGAUACGGAAUCUAUUGCAUCGGGUACGCUGAAGAGGAACUCGCUGAUUUCACUAACCUCAUCGGAGAGCGGGGUGGGGGGUUGUGGUGGCUUACGUAGUAGUAGCAUAUGCAGCACGACAAGUGGCUCCGUCUCAUUGGGUGGUUACAAUUACGACUAUGAGACAGAGACCAUCAGACGACGAUUUCGACAGAUCAAAUUGGAAAGAAAGUGUCAGGAAGACUGCAUUGGAUUGGUGUUGUCACCAAAGACUGUGAUGACCUCGACGAAUGAACAGCAAUACCGUUACCUGAUAGUAGAGAUCGAUCCGUAUGGCAUGGCGCAGAAAGAUGGCCGCCUGCGCAUUGGUGACGAGAUUGUCAAUGUGAACGGUAAACACUUGCGUGGCAUGCAGUCCUUCCCCGACGUACAGCGUCUGCUCUCAACAUUCCUCAAUAACUCUAUCGAUUUGGUGAUCGCUCAUGACGAAGUCGCCACAGUCACUGAUUUCUAUACGAAAAUAAAAAUCGACAGCAGCUCUGCACAACCGCAUAAUUCCAUGCAGUCUCUACAUGUUAGCAGCGAACCAGCGUCAGCGCCAGUAUCAGCGCCGCCCUCUGCCAAUCCACAAAGUGAGUACUUGGCGCGCGCACGCAAGCGGCUCAGCUAUACGCAACGCACUCAGAGCACGGACAGCAUAAACAACUAUGAUUUGCUUAGUCUACAGUUGGCGCUGGAGAGUGAGGAUAAUCAGCACGCGCGACCUCCAUCAUCCGAUGUGGUAGACUCCGCCGCUAGUGAGCUGGAUGUGGAUGAUGAUGCGCGCUCACUGGCCAGCGUAGCGACAAUGCAUUCGCUCACUUCAAUGCCAACACCAAUGCCGCUGAUGCAGCAUCGACGCUGCUCCACGCCGCGACACUCAAUGGACUCAACGGCCAAUGGUGGUGAGUUUGUAGCCGAACAUACGCGACGACGUGCUCGUUCCUCCUCCGGGCAACGCAAUCUCGAGCUGACGCCGCUGUAUAAUGCAAACACUGAGUACACGCCAGUGUAUGCAAAUCGGGCAUCCAGCAUAUCACUGGCCACGCACACGAUCAGCGACGAUGAGAAGUGGCAGUUGUUGGCGCGCAAGCGCUGUUCUGAAGGCGCGACAUUACUGCGCGUUCAGCAGCAGUUGCAGCACCAACAACACUCGCAAGACGAACUGGUGGCAGGUUGUGGACGCGUAGCGGGCAAUCGUAGUGCGUCGCUGACUUAUGGUGCAUCGGCGCCAACGGCUGCUGGGAAAUUUUCGGUUGCCUUCGAUAGCACAAGCGUUCAGUCGCAGCUGCAGCAGCCAGUGCAGCCGCAGCCUUUUCCGUCGCGCACGCACUACACGCGCAACUCCAUUAACCUGUCCAAUUCGCAUUAUCGAUCACUGCGGUUUGCGCAUUCGCGGCUCAGCUCUUCGCGCCUGAGUUUGUUUAUACAGCCGCAACCAAGUGGCGUUGUUGAGGGCAAUAAACUAACAGCAACAACAAGCACAACAACAACAAAUAACAGUAACUGUAAUUACCAAAAUUCGAAAGCCACUAAUAGUACAAACACUAAUAGUAAAACACAAACAACAACAAGCACUACGAGUACGACAACAACAACAGCAACAGCAGCAACGGUGGCUGCUAUGAAUGUAGCCGGAAAUAGCGCGGCAAAUACGAAGACUACACUGAACAUCAAUACCACCGAUGAUGAUGCGAGCAAUCAGCGAAGACAACAGCAGCAGCAGCAGCAGCAGGAACAACAACAACAAGCGUCGUCUGAUCUCACUAACAACACUAAUACAAAUGCUAAUCCUUUUCAUCUCAUUUCUUACCAAAAACAACAACAACAACACCAUCAAAACCAACAAACCCACCUUCACCAACAACAACAACACCAGAGACAUCAUGCAACGCAUUCACAUUUAUAUCAACAACAUUUAACUGUACCAUCAUCUUCUAUGCCAACAGCAUUAACCGCUUCAAAUAGUUCGACUACAACAAUAACAAGUGGAAAGGCUUCUGCAACAACAACAAGUUCUUUAAAUUCAGUACAAUAUCGCCAUCGCCCUUCAUUGCCCGCAGCCAAAUUAACAAUACGCGAUGAAGAAAUGGCCGAAGUUAUACGCGCUUCGAUGAGUGAUGGCUCUAGCCGUUCUACACAAAAGACGAUAACAUUUUUCAAAGGCGCCGGCAUGAAAUCGCUGGGCUUCAGUAUUGUUGGCGGUCGCGACUCACCCAAAGGCAAUAUGGGUAUUUUCGUAAAAACGGUAUUCCCAUCAGGUCAAGCAGCUGACGAUGGCACCCUACAGGCUGGCGAUGAAAUAGUCGAGAUCAAUGGCACUUCUGUGCAGGGUAUGAGCCAUGCUGAAACAAUCCGCCUAUUCAAGGAUGUGCGCGAGGGUGCUAUAGUGUUGAAGGUGCUGAGAAGAAAGUUACAGAAAGCCAAAUCAAUGGGCGCGUAAGUGGAGGGAAAGCGACGACUAUCUAUCUGCUAAAAUUAGAAUAAAAAUAUGCACAUCGUUGAACGUGAAAAUAUUACGGAAUUAAUUUAUGUAAGAAAUAGUUUCUAAAUAAAUGCGUGUAAAUUAUCAAAUAAGUUACUCUAAGUGUGAGCUCGAGUUUCAUGUUUAGGACUAAAUUAGAGUAUUAAAUUGUAUAUAGUAAUGAUGUGUUUUUAAUAAAAUAUGAAACAAGGAAGUAUUACGUAUUAAAAAAAAUAAUAAACCAAUAAUAAUUUAUAAUAAAACUUGUAUGCAAUUUUAAACUUUGUUUGAAGGAAUUAUGCGAAUUUGAGGCAGCUUAUGGGUGUUUAAAGAAAAGAAAAAGAGCAAACAAGUUAGUUUGUGCUUAAUAACUAAAAAUUAGCUUUCACGCCAAAUGCAAAGUGUUUAAUGUAUGGAAAAAAAAAACAAAAAUAAUAUAAUUAAAUUUAUAAAGCAUAAAAGCACUCUUCGCAUAUCUAAGUACGAUUUUAAGCA